AUGUUGUCUGGUGUCGAGUUCAUCAAGACCCCCGAGGCAAAGCCACAACCUCCAGCUUCGGAUGCAAGCGGAAUUCUUACCACGGAUUCCCCUGCCAUUCACAAUGCUCCAUUGCCAGCUGAUGGUCCAGGUAGCAGAAACUUCAGCAACACCGCCAUGAUCGCCCUCUUGGUGGGUAUUCCAUGGUUGGUGGUGAGAAAAUUGGGCCUUGGCUUCAAGACCUGGUUAUUCUUCGCCCUUUUGUUGGCAAUCCCUAUCUUGAUGGCCUACUGGACCCUUUUGUCCACCUUCAGUCCUCGUCUUAACGAGAAGGUCAAGUACCCAGGCAAGCCAAUCUCCCACUAUUUGGAAUUCCACACUCCAGAAUUGAAGGCCAAGUACAUCGACUCGAACGGUGGCAAAGGUACCAAGAUCCCAAUGGAGACUUUCCACGAGUUGUACUUUGAGGGUAAGGUGUCGUUCAAGGGUGACGCCUUGGACAUCAUGGAGUACAGACACGACUGGGCCAACUUCCGCUUCACUUUGUCUCUUUACCGUUUCUUCUUGUUGGGAAUGAUCCCUGAAGUUAUCAUGCACUCGCAAUCUCAGGAUGAAGAGCAGGUUAGAGAUCACUACGACAGAGGUGACGACUUCUACACCUGGUUCUUGGGUCCUCGUAUGAUCUACACCUCGGGUCUUAUCUCUGACAUCACCAAGGAGGAGAGCUUGGAGGAAUUGCAAGACAACAAGUUGAACGUUGUUGCUUCCAAGAUUCAAUUGCAGAAGAACGACCACGUCUUGGACUUGGGUUGUGGCUGGGGUACCUGGGCUGCUUUUGGUUCCUCCCAAUUCGGCUCUAAGAUCACCGGUAUUACCUUGGGUAAGAACCAGACCAAGUGGGGCAACCAGCUCUUGUCCGACUACGGUGUGUCUCCAGAUCAAUCGAGAAUUGUGUGCUGCGACUACAGAGAUGCUCCUAAGUCCGAGAAGCCAAGUGGUAAGUACGACAAGAUCACCUGUCUUGAGAUGGCUGAGCACGUUGGUAUCAGAAGAUUCGGUGCCUUCUUGGCUCAGGUUUACGACUCUUUGGAAGAUGACGGUCUUUUCUUCUUGCAGUACGCUGGCUUGAGAAAGUCAUGGCAAUACGAGGACUUGGUUUGGGGUUUGUUCAUGAACAAGUACAUUUUCCCAGGUGCUGACGCGUCGACCCCUGUUGCUUUCGUUGUUGGUGCUUUAGAGAAUGCUGGCUUUGAGAUUGUCUCCGUCGAGAACGUUGGUGUCUCCUACUCUGCUACUUUGUGGAGAUGGUACAGAAACUGGAUGGGCAAUAAGGACAAUGUGAUCAACAAGUACGGUAUCAAGUGGUUCAGAAUCUGGGAGUACUUCUUGUCUUCCUCCACCAUCACUGCCAGACAGGGCGGUGCCGCGUGCUUCCAGUUCGUCUUGAGAAAGAACCUCAACUCCUACCACAGAGUCAAUUACGUCCCAGCUCAGCAUGGCGUCAUCACGCCAUCUAAGGAGGGCAUCAAGUGGGCCAAGCAGUAA